CCAUUUUGAAAGAACAAUUAUCCUUUUCAAUAAUCUAAUCGACACAGAACAUGUGUUUCUGCAAGACAUGUUUUUUCUUUUUUUGGUUUUUCCAUAACAUGUUUUUUUAAUGUAAAUUCCAUUGUGUCCAGAUCUUCUGAUUUGAAACACCUUUCUUGAAUUUCACAAUUAAAAUCCCAAAUUUUGCUUUGUUACAUUUAUAGGGUUCAUAAAAUUCUCAUAUUUUUUCAAAUUUUCACACUGUUUGGGUUAAAGAAUUCAUCAGGGUUCAUAUCAGUUUCAUCUUUUUUUUUUUUUUCAAUUUUUCAUCCUGUUUUCAGUUAAAGAAUCCAUUAGGGUUCAUAAAAAUCACCUCUUUUUCCAAUCUUUCAUGCUGUUUGAGUGUUUUCAGUUAAAGAAUUCAUAAGGGUUGAUAAAAAAUUCUCCUUUUUUCAAUCUUUCAUGCUGUUUUCAGUUAAAGAAUUCAUUAGGGUUCAUAAAAAAUAUCAUCUUUUUUCAAUCUUUCACGCUAUUUUCACUUAAUCUCCCAAUGUUGAAGCAGAUUCUCAACAAGCUCCCCAAAAAACCCAUAAAGUCUGAAUCUUUAGAAGACCCUUCAAUCACAAAACCAAACCCACCAAAAAGAUCAUCAUCUGCAGUGUUCCCAUCAAGCAUAUUAACAGGAAUUGAACCACUUAUACCCUUCAAAGAUGCCCCAAUUUCCGAACAGAUGUCAUUGUUCAUCAGUAAGUUAAGCCUCUGCUGUAUGGUAUUUGAUUUCAAUGAUCCUAGUAAAAACCCAGAGGAAAAAGAGCUCAAAAGGUUAACAUUACUCGAAUUACUCGACUUUAUCACAUCCGGGCAGGCUCCGAAAUUCUCGGAGCCUGCAAUCUUCGCAUUAUGUAAGAUGUGUUCUGUUAAUCUGUAUAGAAUCUUCCCGCCAAAUUAUCGAAACAAUCGAUGUUCGAGAGGUAAAAACAAAGGAGAGAAACAAGAAAAUGAAGUCGACGAGCCCUCAUUUGAUCCCGCGUGGCCACAUUUGCGAAUCGUAUACGAUGUAUUACUUGAAUAUGUUGCAUCUUCUUCGGUUGAGCCAAAGGUUGCUAAAAAGUAUAUAAACCAUUCGUUUAUUUUACAACUGCUUGACCUUUUUGAAUCUGAAGAUCCUCGGGAACGCGGGUGUUUAAAGGCGAUAAUGCAUAGAAUUUACGGCAAGUUUAUGGUGCACCGACCGUUUAUUCGGAAAAGUAUAAGUAAUGUGUUUUAUAGGUUUGUUUUCGAAAGCGAACGGCACAAUGGGAUAGCGGAGUUGUUAGAGAUUUUCGGCAGUGUGAUCACGGGUUUUUCGUUGCCGUUGAAGGAAGAACACAGGAUCUUUCUAUGGAGGGUUUUGAUCCCGUUGCAUAAACCGAAGUGUUUAGGGGUUUAUUUUCAGCAGUUGUGUUAUUGUGUAUCGCAGUUUAUUGAAAAGGAUCCGAAGUUAGCUAGCAUGGUGAUUCGGGGGUUGUUGAAGUAUUGGCCGAUUACUAAUAGUCAGAAAGAAGUGAUGUUUUUGGGGGAGAUUGAAGAGAUUCUCGAAGCGAUUAGCAUGGUCGAGUUUCAGAGAAUUAUGGUUCCUUUGUUUUGGCGGAUUGGCUGCUGCAUUACUAGUUCGCAUUUUCAGGUGGCAGAAAAGGCGUUGCUUUUAUGGAACAACGACCAAAUCUACAAUCUAAUCGGACACAAUCGAGAAGUGAUCUUACCCAUCAUUUUUCCAGCACUGGAAAUGAACAUGCAAAAUCAUUGGAACCAAUCAGUCCUAAACUUAACACACAGUGUGAGAAACGUGAUGACAGAGAUGGAUAACAUGUUGUUUCUGGCCUGCUUUGCGCGUUUCUUGGAGGAGCGGGAAAAAGAGAGUUUUGAAACAGAGAAAAGGAAGGAAGCGUGGGCUCGCCUCGAGAAUGCUGCAAGUCUUCAGCCAGUAUCAUGGAAUACUACGGCGGUUCUGAUCAAGGGUCGACGUGAUUCAACCUACGAAACCAGGAAAAACGAAGCAACUGAUCAGAUGACGGGUUUAGAAAGUUUGAUAUCUAGUUAACGAUUAUAAUCGUGUAUACUAGUAUGUGGUGUACGGUUAUUUGUAUACCUUCACUUGACGAAGGUGCGUAAGGAUUUAUUCAAAGGUACAAAGGAAGGCUUGUUUCUAGUGUUGAGCCAUGUUGGAAAAGUGACUUCAACUUCCUCCCAAGUUGAAGAUUACGUGCUCUUUCACGCGAGCUUUCUCAACGGGAAGAUGAGGAAGACCCGUGACAAGGGGUGUCCAAGAGAACAACAGUUGUGACGCCAUUCGUUAAAGAAAUCGUGUUGGACCGGAAGGUAUAGAGAUGUGGUGUGCUGAACUAUAUAUUGGAUCUAUAUGUGAAAGACAAUUUAUUAGAAACAUUGCUAAUGA